AUGCCUUUCGACAGAGAACGACCAUUAAUACGUAGUGUCCCUCUAAGUUCAAAAAGUUCAGUCUUGCCAGAGGAAAAGUUGCCGAGUUCAGAACUAGUCGAAGGAGAUGAAAAUCCUAAACCUAGUAGCCUACUUAGAUCGCAUCCAUAUAGAGCACAUCCAGAAAUUGCAAGUUAUGAAGGUGAAACGGAUAUAUUGAAAAUAAUUCAUAUUCUUCGUGAAAAUAAACGUAUUAAAUUCUUUUAUUUAACCAAUUGUUUACCAAAACGAUCAACAAAAUAUAACUUUUAUAAUCUUAAGGUUGUCAGCUUUCAAAAUAUCAAUCGUGAUGAUUAUUAUACUUUAAGCCUUAAUGGUUGUACACAUUUAAUAACAAAUGAUGAUAUAGAGCAUAUUACAUUGGAACGUUUUGAAACAGAAUAUAAAACAUUUCAAGAAAUAUGUCAAAUUCCAACAUUUGCUAGAUUUUGUUUAUGGAAAGGUUUUAUAUUAUGGCGUAAAAUUAUACAUUAUAUAAAAAUGGAUAAAUCUAAACAAUAUUUAUAUUAUAAUUUAUUUAUAUUAAAUUCAUCAAUAAGACCAGCAUUAUUAAAUAUACAUGAAAUGUGUUAUCGUAUAAAAGAAAUGAAUUUAUGUAAAUUAAAUAAAGAGAAACAAUAUACAUUAAUUGAAUUUUUAAUAAAUCAAGUCAAUCAAUUAAAUGAUGUUUGUAUUAAAUUAUAUGAAUUUCGUGAAUUAAUUAAAGAAAUUGUACGUGGUGCAUGUCGUACUGCAUUAUUAGAAUAUGGUUAUAUACCAGAUGAUUAUAUUAUAGAUCAUAAUGAGAAUAUAGAAAAUGUUAAAACAGAACCUUUAGUUGUUGGAACAAGUUAUAUUUCUUCAGCUUGUGAUAUGGAGAUAUUAUCAGAUGCACCAGAAAAAAUGACUUUUACAGAAAUGGCUACGAAACGUCAAUAUUGUCAGCGUUUAACUUGUUUUAUACGUCUUGCUGAUUAUCAAAUUCUUAGUACAUUACAUGUAUUAACAGUGAAUUCAGUUAAUACAAUAUUAAAUUGUUUCAAUGAACAUUUACAGAAUACACCAACAUUAAAUGAAAUUAAAGGAUAUAAAAUUGAAGUAGAUGAAUUAUUAGAAGCUCCAUCUAAUGAUUUAAAUAUAGGAUUAAGUAGUAUAGAUCAACGUAAAGAAUCUAUCAAGAAGCCAAUUAAAAUAAACAUAUCUGAUAAUGAAAUUGAAGAAGAAUCAAAACCAACACCACUUUUUACAUUGGAAAUCAUAAUGGAACCAUCUCGUUUAUAUUUAGUUCCUGAAGAAUCUUUAUUUCAAGAUGGAAUUAUGGAAAUUAUUAAUAAAUUUCAAGAACAAGUAAUCAAUAUUAAAAAUUUAUCAUCUGAUCCAUAUUUUAAUGCAUUUACUCAACCAUUAAUUAAUAAUAAAUUUGAAGAGAAAUUAUACGGUGCUGGACCACAAUUAAAGAAUAUAUUUGAUGAAGAUCUAGAAUUACAUAAUAUUAUUCAACGUAUACAAUAUUCAUUAAAUUGUUCAUUUGAAGCAAUUCAUUGUUAUAAGAAUACAUUUCAUGAUAUACAACAAUUUUAUCAAGAGAAUAAUGAAAUUACAAUGGAUAGUAUACAAAAUGAUUAUUUAGCAAAGAUUAAUGAAAUGAAUCAUGUGGAACGUCUUAAUGAAACUUUACAAUUUUUUAAAAGAAAUUUAUUAAAAUAUCAUCAUCAAUUAAAAAUCAUUGAAUUGGUACCAAAAGAAAAAUCGAUUGGAAUGUUCUUAAUUAAUACUAACUUAUUACAUAAUAAUUUAUUACCAUCAACAAAUCAAUGUUUAACUAUAUUACAUCAUUUAUUACCAUUAUAUAUUCAUAAUGAAGUGAAUAGAUUAAUAGAUGAAACUCAAGAAGCUGAAUAUACAUUAUCAAUCAUACCAAGUUCUACAAUAGAUUAUGUUAAUUAUUUUGGAUUUUUAAAUCAAAUACAAAAUAGAAUUGAACCAAUUGAGAAAGAAGCUGAAGUUAUUAAAGAACUCUAUGAAAUGAUUGAAGCAUUUGUUAUUCCUGUACCACCAGAAGAUUAUGCAAUCUAUCAAAGCCUUAUACCGUCAAUUGAUCGAGCUAAAAAUGCUAUGGAUAGAGCUCUUGGUGAUCGUGAUGUAUGUGUUGAUAAAUUUUUUGUUUCCUUGGAAAAAGAUAUAAAUGAAUUAAUUCAUGAUAUUAAAGAAGUAAAGCAAGCUAUUAAUAACCCGAUACUUUUAGAUGUGACAGCAGAACGUGAAGCUAUUCGUUCAGAACUAUCUAGAUUAAAGAUAAUAACGGAUGAUUUACAAAGCAGAGCUACAACUUAUAAAAUGUAUCAUCGAAAAUUUAAAGAUCUUGCACAAGCUUUAACAGGAACAUCAAUUGAAGAUCAAAUACUUGCACGAGCUGGUGUAAAAGCUUCAUCAUUUGUGAUAGAAUCACCACGUUUUGAAGAGUUAGAUGCAAUCAUUAAUGAAAUGAAAUUAAAAUAUUUAUUAUGGGAUUCCAUUGAUGAAUGGGAUAAAACAAUUAAUGAAUGGAUGAACACUGAAUUUUUCAAAUUAAAUCCAGAUGAUUUAACAAAUACAACUAUGAAAUAUGUAAAAUCAGUUUCAUUAAUGGAAAAAGGUUUACCUCCAAAUACUGUAGUACCAUUAUUAAAAGAAAAAGUAGAUGAUAUGAGAGUAAAAUUAACUACUAUUAUGGAUUUGCGCAAUUCAUCAUUAAAACCACGUCAUUGGAAAAUGUUAGAAGAACUAAUCGGUUUUCAAAUGUCUGAAUUGGAAACACCAUUAAGUUUAGGCUAUUUAAAUGAAUUAAAAGCUUUUAAUAAAGCUGAACAAAUUCAAGAAAUCUCAGGUCAAGCUAGUUCUGAAUCAAGUUUGGAAAUGUUGCUUAAAAAGGUUGAAGAAUCAUGGAAAUCAACUGAAUUCAUUGUUCUACCAUACAAAGAUAGUAAAGAUGUUUUUAUUAUUGGUGGAAUUGAUGAAAUACAACAAUUAUGGGAUGAUUCUAAUAUUAAUAUAUCAACAAUUGCUUCAUCACGUCAUGUUGGUCCAAUAAAACAUCGUGUUGAUGAAUGGCAAACUUUAUUAGAAUUAUUUGGAAGAACUUUGGAUGAAUGGAUGAAAUGUCAGCGAAGUUGGUUAUAUUUAGAAAGUAUAUUUUCUGCACCAGAUAUUCAACGUCAAUUACCUAGUGAAUCAAAAAGUUUUAUGUCUGUUGAUAAAUCCUAUAAAGAUAUAAUGCGUAAAAUACAAAAAGUUCCAUUAGCUAUACGUGCUGCUACACAACCUGGUUUAUAUGAUACAUUACGUAAUAAUAAUCAAUUAUUAGAUCAAAUACAAAAAUGUCUUGAAGCUUAUUUAGAAUCGAAACGUUCCAUAUUUCCACGUUUUUAUUUUUUAUCUAAUGAUGAAUUAUUAGAAAUUUUAGCACAAACCCGUAAUCCAUUAGCUGUACAACCACAUUUAAGAAAAUGUUUUGAUGCUAUUAUGAAAUUAGAAUUUGGUAUAACAUCAGAUUCUAUGAAUAAAGAUGAACCUGUUUAUACUAAUGAUAUAUUGGCUAUGCUUUCACCUGAAGGUGAACGUGUCUCACUCGGCAAGGGUUUGAAAGCUAGAGGUAAUGUUGAAGAUUGGUUAGGUAAAGUUGAAGAAGCAAUGUUUACAAAUCUUCGUAAAUUAAUGAAAAUUGCUAUAAAUGAUUUUGAAAGUUUACAUCGUGAAGAAUGGCUUAAAGCACAUGCAAAUCAAAUUGUUUUAACAGUAGAACAAUUAAUGUGGUCACGUGAUAUCACGUUAAUUUUGGAAGAUCCUCUCCCAGAAGAUCGUCUUGAUGGUUUAAAAGAAUAUGAAGCGAAAUGCUAUACAGGACUUAACAAACUUGCUACUUUAGUACGUGGAGAAUUACCAAAAUUAUUUCGUUCACUUCUAUGUGCUUUAAUUACAAUUGAUGUACAUGCACGUGAUAUGGUUACAGAAUUAGUUAAUAAUAAAGUUGAUUCAUUAGAUAAUUUUGAUUGGCAACGUCAACUUAGAUACUAUUGGGAUUUAGAUUUAGAUACAUGUGUUGUAAAAAUGGCCAAUGCAUGUUAUAUUUAUGGUUAUGAAUAUUUAGGUGCAUCACCUCGUCUAGUAAUCACUCCAUUGACUGAUAGAUGUUAUUUAUGUUUAAUGGGUGCAUUACAAUUAGAUUUAGGCGGUGCACCCGCUGGUCCAGCUGGUACUGGUAAAACGGAGACAACUAAAGAUUUAGCUAAAUCUGUAGCAAAACAAUGUGUUGUUUUCAAUUGUUCCGAUGGUUUAGAUUACAAAAUGAUGGGUCGUUUCUUUUCUGGUUUAGCUCAAUCUGGAGCAUGGUGUUGUUUUGAUGAAUUUAAUCGUAUUGAUAUUGAAGUAUUGUCUGUUAUUGCUCAACAAUUGAUCACUAUUCGAAACGCUAAAGCUGCACGAGUUGCAAGAUUCAUGUUUGAAGGACGUGAAAUUAAAUUAGUACCAACAUGUGCAGCUUUUAUUACAAUGAAUCCUGGUUAUGCUGGACGUACAGAAUUACCUGAUAAUUUAAAAUCAUUAUUCCGUCCAAUUUCUAUGAUGGUACCCGAUUACCGUCUUAUUGCUGAAGUUAUACUUUAUUCUGAAGGAUUUGAAUCAUCAAAAACAUUAGCAUUAAAAAUGACACAAAUGUAUAAAUUAUGCAGUGAACAAUUAUCACAACAAGAUCAUUAUGAUUUUGGUAUGAGAGCAUUGAAAUCAGUAUUAGUUAUGGCUGGUUCAUUAAAACGUGAAAAUCCUGAUAAACCAGAAGAUGUUGUAUUAAUUCGUGCAUUAAGAGAUAGUAAUUUACCGAAAUUUCUUAAACAAGAUGCUAUCCUAUUUACAGCAAUUUUACAAGAUCUUUUCCCUGAUGUUACAUUACCAGAACAUGAUUAUGGAUUAUUUCUAGAAGAGAUUGAAACAGUAUUACAAGAUAUGAAUUUACAAAUUAUUACUGAACAAGUAUUAAAAAUAAUACAAUUCUAUGAAACAUUAAUUGUACGUCAUGGAGUGAUGUUAGUUGGACCAACUGGUGGUGGAAAAACUACAAUUUAUCGUGUUUUAGCUAAAGUUUUAAGUAAUUUACAUAUAGCUGAAUUCAUAGAUAAGAAACCAGAAUAUCAACCAGUGAAAAUGUAUGUUUUAAAUCCAAAAUCUAUAACAAUGGGUGAAUUAUAUGGUGAAGUAAAUAAAUUAACAUUUGAAUGGCAUGAUGGAUUAUUAGCUUCUAUUGUUAGGCAAACAUGUGUAGAUCCUACACAAGAUCAUCAAUGGGUUAUAUGUGAUGGUCCAGUUGAUGCAUUAUGGAUUGAAAAUAUGAACACAGUAUUAGAUGAUAAUAAAAUGUUAUGUUUAGCUAAUUCUGAACGUAUUAAAUUAACAAAUUAUGUUCAUAUGUUAUUUGAAGUACAAGAUUUAGCUGUUGCAUCACCGGCAACAGUAAGUCGUUGUGGUAUGGUUUAUGUAGAUUCAGAAGAUUUAGGUUGGUUACCAUAUGUUAAAACAUGGAUUAAAACAAUUGAAGAGAAAUUAACCCCAUAUGUAAUCGAAUAUAUUAUGAAUCUUUUUAUAAAAUAUGUAGAUCCUUUUAUGAAUUUUGUCAUGACUAAAUGUACAACAAUCAUUCCACAAGUACCUAUUGCACGGAUACAAACAAUGUGUAAAUUAUUAGAAGUUCUAUUAACUCAUUCUUCAAAUUGUCUAUCAAUGAAUGAAGAUAAAAAUAAAUUAAAUCCAUUAUUAGCUAUGUCAUUUGUAUUUUCAUUAUUAUGGGGAUUAGCUGGUUGUUUAAUUGAUACAAAUUGGGAUAAAUGUGAUGCAUUUAUUCGUAAUUUAUUUGAUGAUUUAGGUGAUGCAAGACUUCCUCAACAUUCUGAUUUAUGGUCUUGUUUUGUUGAUAUGGAUACACGUCGUAUGGAUAAUUGGGAUAAAUUGCUUAAUACAUUUAUAUAUAAUAAACAAAUACCAUUUUUUGAUAUGAUUGUACCAACUAUAGAUACAAUCAGAUAUGGAUACAUGUUAGAUAAAUUAUUAGCUGUAAAUCAAAGUGUACUAUUUACUGGUUUAACUGGAGUUGGAAAAUCAAUUAUAAUUCGUGGAACAUUGAAUAAUAUUGCUGAAUUAAAUAAUUAUAUACCGGCAUAUAUUAAUUUCUCUGCUCAAACAACAAGUAAUCGUACUCAAGAAAUUAUUGAAAGUAAAUUAGAAAAGAAAAAAAAGUAUCUAAUUGGUGCACCUCAAAAUAAACAAAUUAUAUUAUUUAUUGAUGAUUUAAAUAUGCCAAAACAAGAUCAAUAUGGUAGUCAACCACCUAUUGAAUUAUUAAGACAAUAUCAAGAUUUUCAUGGUUUCUAUGAUAGAGAUAAAUUAGAAUGGAUUAAUAUUCAAAAUAUGAUAUUAUGUUCAGCAUGUGGUCCACCAGGUGGUGGAAGAAAUUCAAUUACUUCAAGAUUAAUAAGACAUUUUGCUUUAUUUGUUAUACCUUCACCAUCAGAAAUAAGUUUAAAACAAAUAUUUUCUUCAAUUAUUAAUGGUUAUCUACUUGAAUUUCCUCAAGGUGUCCGUAGUGUUGGUGAUUCAAUUGUUAAUGCAGCUGUUGAAAUAUAUUCUAGAAUGGCUAAAGAACUAUUACCAACCCCAACUAAAUCUCAUUAUGUAUUCAAUUUAAGAGAUUUGUCAAAAUGUAUUCAAGGCGUUUUACAAGGUGAUGUAAGUGUUAUCCGUAAUAAACAAUCAAUUAGUCGAUUAUUCUAUCAUGAAGCUCAACGAGUAUUUCAUGAUCGAUUAAUUAAUCAAGAAGAUAAAAUGUUUUUCAAUCAAAUUCUAUCAGAAAUGGCAUUGAAAUAUUUCGGUGAAACUAUAGAAGCAGAAACAUUUACAAAGCAUCCAAUUUUAUUUGGUGAUUUUCUAAGACCUGGUAUUCCACGAUCUGAACGAUUAUAUGAAGAAAUAAAUGAUAUGGAUAAACUGAAAUCAUUGUUAAUGGAUUACUUGGAUGAUUACAAUAUGACAAUGUCAAAGGAUGUGAAACUUGUCUUCUUUGUCGAUGCUAUUGAACAUGUUUGUCGUAUUGCUCGAAUAAUUAGACAAGAUAGAGGAAAUGCUUUAUUAGUUGGUGUUGGUGGUACUGGUAAACAAUCAUUAACUAGAUUAGCAGCACAUAUCAAUGAUUAUCAAUGUUAUCAAAUUGAAUUAUGUCGUGGUUAUGAUUAUGUAUCCUUUCAUGAAGAUUUAAAAAAACUUUAUUAUAUCGCUGGUAUAGAUAAUAAACCAACUGUAUUCUUAAUAACAGAUAAUCAAAUUAUUAUAGAAGAAUUCUUAGAAGAUAUUAAUAAUAUAUUGAAUUCUGGUGAAGUCUCCAAUCUAUUCGAUAAUGAUGAAUAUGAACAUAUUAUUAAUGAUUGUCGGUUAGCAGCUAAAGAAUAUGGUAUCAUUGAAGGGAAUCGUAAUGGAAUUUAUGAAUUUUUUAUUAAUCGUAUUAAAAAUAAUUUACAUAUUGUAUUAUGUAUGUCACCAGUUGGUAUUAAUUUUCGUAUAAGAUGUAGAAUGUUUCCAUCAUUAAUUAAUUGUUGUAUUAUUGAUUGGUUUAUUGAAUGGCCUAAAGAAGCAUUAUAUAAUGUUGCUAUGUAUACAUUUUCACAAGAGGAUUUUGGUUCAAAUGAACUUAAAGAAUCUAUAUCAAAAUUAUCUACCGAUAUUCAUUUAAGUGUUUCAGAGGCAGCUGUACGUUUUUAUAAUGAAUUAAAACGUCAUUAUUAUACUACACCGACAAGUUAUUUAGAAUUGCUUGGAUUAUAUAUGACAAUGUUGAAUAAAAAAACAAAAGAAUUAACUGAUGGCCGUGAUAAAUUUCGUAAUGGUUUAAAUAAAAUAUUAGAAACUAAUGAUUUAAUUGCUAAAAUGGAAACGGAACUAACAGCAUUACGUCCAACACUUGAAGCAAAACAACGUGAUACAGAAAAAUUAAUGAUAAAAUUAAGUGAAGAUCAAGAACAGGCUGACAUUGUUCGUAGUCGAGUUAAAGAAGAUGAAAUGUUGGCUAAACAAAAAGCAGCUGAAAAUCAAAUUAUAGCUGAUGAUGCACAACGUGAUUUAGAUGAAGCAAUACCAGCAUUGGAAGCAGCUAAUAAAGCACUUGAUUCAUUAGAUAAAAAUGAUAUAUCUGAAAUUCGUGUAUUCACUAAACCACCACAAUUAGUACAAACUGUUAUGGAAGCUGUUUGUAUUAUGCUUGGACAAAAAGGUGAUUGGGCAACAGCUAAAACUGUAUUGAAUGAUUCCAAUUUUUUAAGAAAAUUAGUUGAAUAUCCAAAAGAUGAUAUAACUGAUGGACAAUUGAAAAAAUUAAAAAAAUUUAUUGAUAAUCCUGAAUUUAUACCAGAAAUUGUUGAAAAAACAAGUAAAGCUUGUAAAUCAAUGUGUAUGUGGGUUAGAGCAUUGAAUUUAUACGCUCAUAUAUUUCGUACUGUGGAACCAAAAAGGAAACGUUUAGAAGAAGCAAAUGCCGAUUUAGAUAUUGUCAUGCGUAAACUUCAACAAAAACAAUUAGAAUUAUUCAAUGUCGAAGAGAAAAUUACAUUAUUACAACAAGAAUAUCAUCAAUCAAUGAAUGAAAAAAAGAAACUAGAACAAUAUUUAACCUUAAUAUCAACUCGAUUAAAACGUGCUCAUAAAUUAACCACUGGUUUAAUGGAUGAACAAGAUCGUUGGAAAUUCUCUAUAGAACAAUAUAAUAUACAAUUAAAUCAUAUUAUAGGUGAUGUAUUGAUAGCAUCCGCUUGUCUAGCAUAUUAUGGUGCAUUUACAAUUAAUUAUCGUCAAGAUUUAAUGCAACAAUGGAUUCAUCGUUGUCAUGAAUUAAAUAUAUCUGUUAGUGAAGAAUUAACUUUAUUUCAUAUUCUUGGUAAUUUAUAUGAAAUAAGACAAUGGACAAUACAAGGUUUACCAAAAGAUUCAUUUAGUAUAGAUAAUGCUAUUUUAAUGACACAUUCAAGACGUUGGCCAUUAUUUAUUGAUCCACAAGAACAAGCUAAUCGUUGGAUACGUACAAUGGAAUUACAGAAUCAAUUAAAAAUUAUUAAAUUAACCGAUACAAAUUUAUUAAGAAUUUUAGAAAAUUGUAUACGACUUGGUUUACCAUUAUUAAUUGAAGAUAUUGCUGAAACAUUAGAUCCUUCAUUAGAAUCCAUAUUAUUAAAACAAACUUUUAUAUCUGGUGGUCGUUUAUUAAUACGACUUGGUGAUAAUGAUAUAGAAUAUAAUCAAAAUUUUCGUUUAUAUAUAACAACUAAAUUAUCUAAUCCACAUUAUUUACCUGAUAUAUCAAUUAAAGUAAUAAUUAUUAAUUUUACUGUUACAUUAAAUGGUUUAGAAGAUCAAUUAUUAAAUGAUGUUACUAGUAUUGAAAGACCAGAAUUAGAAGAACAACGUAAUCAAUUAAUUGUUAAAAUUAAUACAGAUAGAAAUCAAUUAAAAGAAACAGAAAAUAGAAUAUUGAAAUUAUUAUUUGAAUCUGAAGGUAAUAUAUUAGAUAAUGAAGAUUUAAUUAAUACAUUAAAUGAAUCUAAAAUAAAAUCAAGUGAAAUCACAAAACGUUUAACGGAAGCAACAUUAACAGAACAAAAAAUUACAAUAGCACGUUCCAAAUAUUUACCAAUUGCUACACGUGGUUCUGUUAUGUAUUUUGUAAUAACAUCUAUGGCUGAAAUUGAUCCAAUGUAUCAAUUUUCAUUGAAAUAUUUCAAAAAUUUAUUCAACACAACGAUACAAAAUUGUCCAAAUGUCACUACAUUAGAUGAACGUAUACAAAUGUUAAUCGAUUCUAUUACUAUAGCAACAUAUAAUAAUAUUUCACGUGGUUUAUUUGAACGUGAUAAAUUAAUCUUUUCAUUUAUGUUAUGUAUUGAAAUAUUAAAACAAAUGAAUCAAAUUACAAUGAAUGAAUGGUUGUAUUUCUUAUUAGGUAUACCUAAUAAUAAUAAUAUUAUAACUAAUACUAAACAACAAUUAGAACAACCAAUUCAUACAAAAAAUUGGUUAAAUAUAAAACAAUGGAAACGUAUUAUUGAUUUAUCACAAUAUUUUCCAGAACAAUUUCAUACAUUACCUAAUGAUAUAUGUAAUUAUUCAAUUAUUAUUGAUUUUAAUCCAAUAAUGAAACAGUUACCAAGGCAACAACAACAACAAGAUGAAGAAGAAGAAUUAGGUAUUUAUAGAUUAACUCCUAAAGAUCAUCAAAAUACAUUACCACUUAGUAACUAUAAUGAAACAUUAACAUCAUUUCAAAAAUUAUUACUGAUUUCAACAUUUUAUGAAGAUCAAACCAUUAAAGUAAUAAGAGAUUUUAUAUAUUAUAAUCUUGGUAAAGAAUUUAUUGAAACUCCAUCAUGUCAUUUAUCAAUAUUAUAUAAAGAAAUAGAUUCAAUUACACCAUUAAUAUUUAUAUUAUCAAAUGGUUCAGAUCCAAUGAAUCAAUUUCAAAAAUUUAUUAAAGAAUUUAAUUAUAUAGAACGUGUACAUAUUGUAUCAUUAGGACAAGGACAAGGUCCAAAAGCGGAGAAAUUAAUUCAUGAAGCAUGUAAAUUAGGUGAUUGGGUAUUUUUACAGAAUUGUCAUUUAGCUGCUUCAUGGAUGAUUCGAUUAGAAGAAAUAGUGAAACAACUUGCUGAAAAUCCUAAAUCAACACAUACAGAUUUUCGUUUAUAUUUAAGUUCAAUGCCAUCAAAAUCAUUUCCAAUAUCUGUAUUACAAAAUUCAGUAAAAGUAACUAAUGAACCACCAAAAGGAUUAAAAGCAAAUCUUAUUCGAGCAUUGAAUGAUAUAUCAAUGGAAUCAUUUAAUACACAUGUGUUAAGAAAUGAUUGGCGUAAAUUAGUAUUUGGUAUUUGUUUCUUUCAUUCAAUUAUAUUGGAAAGAAAAAAAUUUGGACCACUUGGAUGGAAUAUUAAUUAUGAUUUUAAUGAUUCGGAUCGUGAAUGUGCAUUAUUAAAUUUAGAAAUGUUCUGUCAUGAAUCUUAUAUACCAUGGGAUGCUUUAACGUAUAUUACAGCUGAAAUUACAUAUGGUGGACGUGUCACUGAUUUCUGGGAUCAAAGAUGUUUACGUACAAUACUUCAACGUUUCUUUCAUCCAUCUACAUUAAAAUCAGAUUAUGUUUAUUCAUCAUCUGGUAUUUAUUAUCCACCAACUAAAGAAACUUUAAUAGAAUAUAUGGAAUAUGUAUCUAGUCUUCCAUUUAGUUCAGGACCUGAAUUAUUUGGUAUGAAUGAAAAUGCUAAUUUAGUAUAUCAGCUUCAAGAAACAAAUAAUCUAUUAUCUGUUAUUCUUAAUGUUCAACCACGUACAAAUACAAUGAGUACAGGGAAAACAAAUGAUGAUAUGGUUUAUGAACAAGCUGAUUCAAUAUUGAAAAAAUUACCAGAAAAAAUUAAUAUUGAAGAUGCACGUCCAGAUUUAUUUGAUACGGAUAGUAAAGGUCGGAUAGAUUCAUUGACUACUGUACUUACUCAAGAAAUUGAUCGAUUUAACAAACUAUUAAAAAUUAUCAAGAAUUCUUUGAAACAACUUCAAAAAGCAAUUAAAGGUUUUAUUGUUAUGUCAGAAGAUUUGGAAGGUGUAUACACGGCAUUUAUACAAAAUUCUGUACCAGAAAUUUGGUCAUCUAAAUCAUAUCCAAGUUUAAAACCAUUAGGUAGUUGGAUAAAAGAUUUAGUACUACGUUGUGAUUUUAUUAACACAUGGAUGAUUAGAGGAAAACCUCUUUCAUUUUGGAUAUCUGGAUUCUUUUUUCCUCAAGGUUUUCUAACUGGAAUUUUACAAAAUUAUGCACGAAAAUAUAAUUAUCCAAUUGAUCAUUUAACAUUUCAUUUCAAUGUUUUACCAUAUUAUCGUAAUCAAGAAGAAAUUUCUAUAGCUAUAUCAAAACUUCGUUUAGGUGAAAUAUUAGAAGUUGAUAAAAUGAUAAAUAAACCAAAAGAUGGUGUACUUGUACAUGGAUUAUUUAUGGAUGGUUUCAGAUGGGAUGAUAAAACAAUGCAAAUAACUGAUUCUAUAUUAGGUGAAAUGUUAUCUAUUAUGCCAAUAAUACAUAUGAAACCAGAAAUGGAUUAUAUACCAGAUUCAAAUGAUUAUAUUGCACCAUUAUAUAAAACUGCAGCCAGAGCUGGUGUAUUAUCAACAACAGGUAUGUCAACAAAUUUCAUAGUCGCUGUUCCAUUGAAAACAAAUAAGCCUCAAGCGUAUUGGAUUGAGAUGGGUGCAAGUUUACUAUGUGAAUGUGUAAAUCCCUAAGUAAAACAAUCUUCAAUCGGACAAUCAACCAUAAAAACAACUUAUGUUGAUGUAUUUAAUCUGAUAUUCCACUUUUAUUUACUUAAUAACUACGUAAAACAC